AUGUCGGACUCACUCCCGCCGGAAAUCAUCGCCGACAUUCUCGACCGGCUCACCGACGCCGCCGAUCUGGUCCGGUGCAGGCGCGUCUCGAAGCAAUGGCUCUCCGUACUCGACAGCCCCGACUUCAUCCAACGCCACCUGCAGCGCUCCACAGCCGCACUCUCCAACGCCGGGCUCUUCCUCCGAAACGACGACGGCGCUCUCUUCUACGCCCCCGAUUCCGCCUCCGAUUCCCCCCGCCCCGACCCGAAACUCCCGACCCACCCCGACGGCGCCCUCUUGCUGGGCUCCUGCCGCGGCUUGGUCUGCUUCUGCGUCAACAAUCAGCGAGACCUCGUCAUCCUAAACCCUAGAACAGGGGAGCGGCGCCAGAUCUGCAAUUACUCCCCUCCCGAUUUCCCCCAACACCCUUCCCCCGCCGUGAAUCCGCACAUAUCCAAGCUCGACGCAAGGAUGUUUGUUGAGUACUCGACGGAUAGCCGUCGAGGGAAAGAUGUAGAUCUAGAGGUAGACGGUGGCGGGCUCGCGACCCUUGUACUGGGCGGGUACGGGUUCGGGUACGACGAAUCGUCGGACGAUUACAAAGUGGUCAGGAUUCGAGGGCUCGUCGGCGGCGGCGGCGGCGUCGAAUCCCACCACUUCCGGGCCGAGAUCUACAGCGUGCGAGCGGAAUCGUGCAAGAUUAUCGAACCGACGGACCUCCCGUACCCUAAUCAUAGGAAUGGAGUGUUCGUCUGCGGCGCCCUGAAUUGGGUUGCCCACAACGAUGUGCUGCUCGCUCUCGAUCUCGGCUCCGACGGCGGCGGGUUCAGCUUGCUGCCGCAGCCCAAGUACAUCAGAGGCAGGCCUGAGGUGAAGAGCCUCGGCGAGCUGGACUCUUGCUUGUGCCUGUGCGGCGGAUACUACGUGGGGGACGGUCAGGGGAGAUUGGAUCUGUGGGUGAUGAAGGAGUACGGGGAGGUGGAAUCGUGGUGCAAGGUUUGGUCGAUUCGGGAUCCGAUCGUCGUCCGCUGCGGCCCUGCGUUCUUGUUGGGGUGUUCGGCCGUUGAUGGUGGAGGCGGCCGGAGGUUGUUGUUCAUGGUGGAUGGUCGGGUUUGGUUCUGGUACUAUCCGUCCGGUGACAGGGUUGAAGCGGUCGACAUGGGUGGUAUUGUUGGGGAAGGUGGGUUUGAUGCUGCGUAUUGUUUAGAGAGUCUUGUUAGAUUGUUCGACAGAGGUUACGAUCAAAAAGUAGUGCUGGAGUCACUGUAA